AUGGAAAGGUACUCAGCUAAAGACGACGUAACUCUUAUAAAUAAGUGGUUGGACUUUUCAUUUGAGAGAGGUGUGAAAGAGUUAGAUAUCUGCCUCAGAAUUAGUAAGUUGGAUUGGAAUCCUUUGGAUCGUGGGUUGUCGUUUUACCACUGCAUAUCUCGGAGGACCUUUAUUAAUGCAAAAUCUUUGACUGCUCUAACUUUGGAGCACGCGAGAAUAAAAAACUUUAACCACACAGACAUAGCUGUGCCUCAUCCCACCAUAUACACAAGCCUUCUUCCCUCUUUGAAAACCAUGUGCCUCACAAGUGUCUUCUUCGAUAAAUGUGCUCUCUUCUCCUUAAUUCGGUGGGAGUGCCCUUCCAUCGAGUCCUUGUCACUAGCUGCAUGUUCUUUUGAGGAUUCCGUAUUUAAUGUUUCAAGUUCCAGUCUCAAAUCCUUGGAGGUUAUGGAUUGCACGGCUCGGAAAGUUGUAGUUGGUGAAUCUGUGAAUCUUGAAUGUUUUACCCUCGUUUCAUUACAAUUUCCGCUUGCGGAGUUGUACCUGAAAAAAUCUGAUAACUUGAGAUAUAUCGACAUCUAUGCUCAGCACUUAGAAAAUAUUAUGUUAGUAGGAUGCCAUCAAAGUGUGAAGGCCACAAUCUGGACUCCAAGUCUACUUUAUUUAUAUUUCAGUGGUUGUGUGAGUUACUCCAAUUUUCAUGUGAAAGCUCCAAAUUUAAAGUUGGCCGGAAUUGAACUUUGGGACCUUUGGGACGAAGAGAUAUCCCCCAUCGAUCGCCCGUGGAAACAUUUUCCUACCCUAAGAAAUUUCUUAAAGAAUUCGGUUGCAGCAGAUUAUUAUCUCUCAUUCCUCGGUCUCAUCUUUCCAGAGAAUUUCAAAAAGACCUUCUCUUCACCUCUGCCUCGUUCGAGAGAUGUUGCAGUCUAUAUGUUGAAUGCUCCACCAGAAGCGACAGGAAUUUCUGACUUCAAGGACUCCUUGGAUUGGGUUGCACCUUCUGCACUCAUACAGUGCCAUUUCUUAAAGGUUCCAUCUUAG